GCUCGUUUAACCAUCUGCUGACCCAUUCACCACUAAUCGAGGCAUAGUUUAACGGACGACAACCUCGUACGUCAAUCAACUAAGCAACAAGCUUAUGCCACAACCACUCAAGAAAAGCUUCAAGUUUACGUAACUGAAAGCCCUAAGGUGCCUGUUAAUACUUGUAAGGUUGAAUGAUCUCAUUCUCUCAAUAUCCUCUGGAAUUAUACACAUUCCUUCAAUCUGGUUACUGAAUACCAUUCUUCAAUUGUUUUCUCGACAAAUUGUAGAUAAUUGAAACCUGGAACAUCCAGGUUUAUAGAACUUUCGAGAGACAAAGCAUUGGAUUCCAGGCAAUUCUUAAUCUUUUUGAUAUUAGAUUUUUUUUCACCAAAAAAAGCAGAUCAACCUGUGCGAGAUGUUGUCCGACAACGAUAUCCAAGCCUUUUAUGGUCUUAGCAGUUUGAAUCCCACGCAAUGGGUUGAUACAAAAAAGGAAGAACAGCAUCUAGGAUUUCAGGAUGAUGGAUCCUUCAAUAAUGUCAGCAUUUCUGACUCCUUGUCUAAUUCAAUGCGUCAUCAGAAUCAGUCAAUGAGUGAUUUGAAUACGCAACCUCUUGCUUCGAGCUCUGAAGAAAUCAACACUGUAGAUGAUUUUGGUUUCAUAAAAUCAGAUUCGUCGGGAGGAGAAGGAGUCAAAAAGAAAUCGCUUCUUAAACGAAGUAUCACCACUUCUGCAGUUCAUCGUUCGUCACCUCGAAAGUUUCCUCCUCUUCCUCAGUCAACAUCCUCUUCUAGUCCCAAAGCCAAAAAGAAGCAUGUAAAAAGGGACCAGCUGAGUAAGCAGUCGAAUGCUUCCGAGAUGCUUGUUUCGUUGAUCAAUACACGUUUUCACGCGUUUGUUGCCGCUAAGGAAGUGAUUGACAAGGUUUAUCAAGAAAUGGUAAACCAUCUUGAAUCUUCAAAUGAUCAGAACACGCCGUGGAAGAAAAUUGAUACUGAUCUUGACAAGGUCUUGUCUACAUUUCAAUCUUCCUCACUUAUUAGCUCACAGUCAAGUGAUGUUGCAUACGCAGACGUGCUUCUUGCAAAACGGUUUGCUCCAUUGUUUCAAUUACCUUCGCAAAUGACAAGUCAUUACAGAGAGGGAGCUUAUGCGAUACUCCAAAAGGAUUACAAAGAUGGAAGGGCCUACUAUGAAAAUGAGCUAGCAAAGUUCUUAACCCGUGGGAAAGAUGAUAUCCAGUUACAAGUACUUAAGAAUGCAUGGAAAAAGUGUACGGAAACGACUGAGUCCAUAUGUCAUUUGAUUUGGGAAGAUAUAUUGGUUUCCUUUAAGGAUUACGCUUAUUUCAACCAAAUGCUGCUACACUUGUUGCGUUUAAAUCCAAAUCCAUUAAGUGGAAGAGAUCCGGUUCUAUAUGCUAUGUUAAGCCAACAAAAAAAUCUCCUUCGUCGUAUGGAGGAAAGAUUUACUGAUUACGAGGCAAGUGUUGAUCAAGAACGAGUGAUGCUGAGUAAGUCUGUUCUUACUCGCGUUCCGCCUUCAGUCGUGUGGCGGGCUGUCACUCGUGGAUGUAGUCUCAAUAGCGUUCUCAAAGACUGGCCGGAAUUACGAACAGUAAAUUUGCUAGUGUCUUGGGCGCAGGAUUGUGUUGCUGACAUUUAUCGAUUGAUUCAGGAGUUUAAGACUUGCGUUUCCGGUUAUCUGUCCGGUCGUUUUCAGACAGAAUAUCCGGAAGAGGCAAAGAAUUUUGGAAAGGAUGCAAGCAAACUCAACACUGUUGCAAAUAAAUUAGAAUCUGCACUCGUUGAACAUGUUUCGGCAUUUCUCGGAGACCGUGGCGAACGCCUUCGUAUACGGGGAGCUUCUAUUCUUACUCAACUUUAUUGCUCGCUACAAAUCGUCGAGCAGCUUAAGGGCAACUCAAAAACUGUGGUUUCCGAGGCGGCAGUUUACGCCUUAUUGGAUGAAUGGGAUGAUUCACUGACAAGAAAGGAUACAACAACCAUUAUAUUAAAGGACAAAGGAGAUACAGCUGCCGAUGUACAUUCCGACCCGUCAGUCGUUCUGGAUAUUCUAACAAAGCUUUCUGUAAUUUACCCAAAGCCGCAGCGUUCUGAAGUCGUAUCUGCGAUUCACGCUAUGUUCUACAAGGUUUUUUAUUACCGUAUCAAGCCCUCCUUCAGUAUUCCUGAAAUCAUGGAUUGGGAAGAUCAAGUGAGAGAUGCUACAAAGAAUGGUACCCCCAUUCCAGAGAUACCAAAGGAUAUUUUGGAAAUGAGCACAUCUGGAGACGAAUUGUUUGCCCAUGGACAACGUCUCGUGGAACUUUCUUCUUCUAUACAGUCGCUUCAACGAACGCUUUUGCGUUUGUUCCCAUUGAAUGCACCCGGACAACCAUUGGAAGCGCACUUACGAACGGCUAUUUCUGAAGCACGGGAUGCGUAUGCUGCUCAUUGUCUUCAAUUCCUCCACAAGCGGAUGACAUCGAAGUACCUAACAUCCCCCGAACUGCACAAUGAUCCAGCUACAGUGAACAGCUGCGUGCAUGUUUUCGAUGUGAUGCUGGACCACACAUACGAAAAAAUGCUCCGCAGUUUCACGCCUCAGGAAAGUGUGCGCUGGUACAAACGCUCUGUAUCGGUUUCUCUUCUUUACUUGCAGACGCAUGUUGAACUGCAGCAGGAAGACAAGCAACGUAUUCGCAAUAAACUGGCGCAGGCGGGCCUUGGCGAACUCUCUCAAAUUUAACGACAAGAAUGAACUUAAAAGGUAAGCAUAGUUAAUAAAAUUGAAAAACAAGCACGAGAAAAUGAAUCGAAACAAUAGAAAUAACAUUAAUGAACAACACGAAUUACAAACCUAGCUAA